AUUGCUUUCUAACAGUCCAGCGUAUUUUCUUGUCCUGUCACUGCUCAUUACUAAUAACAUAAUUAAUUAAUUAUUUAAUUAAUUAAUUAGUGUCCAACAAUCAGCCAAAUCCCACAGAGACGUGUUCUUGGCAGGGUGACAGAAACGAGGCAGGUUAAAGGUGCUGUCCAUCUUUACCUCUGCAGCACAAUUUGUCAAAAGUCGUCCUGCUGUGUGCAGUUGGCAAAAUUAAAAUGGUAGCUUAAGUUAUUAAACUGAGCAGCUUUUAAUCAUUGGCUACAGGAAUUCAAGGUUGGAGGAGUAGCGGCAGGGAUUAAAGUCUUUGAACUGCAAAGCUACAUAUCCACUCUGAUCUGCGGCGAGGGCCCUGCUGUUGCUCUCUCCGGGUUAUCGCACUGAUCGCUUCUCUGUGGCACAGGAGCCAGGCGAGAGUCCAUGGUGCCCAUUUUCCUCUCGGAGCUCGGCGUGAGGGAUGAAGCUUCGCCAUGGGUCUUAUGGAGUUUUACCUGGAGAUUGACCCGGUCACCCUGAACCUCAUCAUCCUCAUCGCAAGCUACGUGAUCCUGCUCCUGGUCUUCCUAAUCUCUUGCAUCCUCUACGACUGCCGAGGCAAGGACCCCUCCAAGGAGUAUGUUUCAGAGCCUCCGGCCCCACAGCAGCAGUCUCCCAUAAGGCUGGUGGUGAUGCAGAAUUCUCCGGCAUCGUCCCGAUUCAACGAGCAGAACAACACAGCUGCCACCAACUAUGUGCCACCCACCCCUGACCUGCGUGAGAAGAGGAGCACACUGGUCUGAAUGGCCGGUGAUGGAAAGGAUAUACUGCUGCUGAUAUUUUGAUUUCUUUUUUAUUCUUUAUCAUUUUCACUUUUCAAUCAAAGCAAUUUUUAAACCGAAAAUGUGGACUGAGCUAAAAAUAAAAGGACACCAUCCUAUAAUCCAGGUCGCACGCUAAGAAUGCUUAUCCAGUACAGAAACGGAAUCAACACAGAGCUCUUCUGGAUUCACGGCUUUGGCGGGACUGUGAUUUACCAACAAAAGCCCAGAAGAACGCAAGAGGCCAACUGUCUACAUUUGCCAAUAAAGCUAGUUUUAGUACAUAUCAGGAUAUUGUCUAAGUAUGCAAACAAACAUAUUUCCACACUGUCCAUGGAUUAUUAGAUUGUAUGUGCUGUUUCUGUGAACUGAGAUCUUGAAUUUUCAAUGCUGGGUUCAUCAUUACAGUUUUUCAUGGGUAAUGAUCAGCAAAUAAUAGUUUAUAGUGAAUUUGCGAAGUUCCAACAACAACACAAUUUUAACACACACAAAAAAGAUAUGUGUAUGAGAUAAACGUAAAAUCACAGAGCCUGAUGCCCAAAAGCAGGGCUGCGCUUAAAGAGUGUUCAAUGUAAGCGCUCUUGUCACUUUAUGCUCCUUUAUGCAGUGAUGUUGGGAAACCAAUUUGAGCAUUUCUGGAUGCCUCCGGUUUAUUGUUCCUUGCAAAUUAAAAAAGUAAUGACUACAUUCUCAGACAACAAGUAAAUAUAACUGGAUUAUACUGUAUACAAACUGUUUAUCAUAUGUACAGAAACUAAUAAAUCAGACUGUAAAAUAGUAGCUAAAUAAUCAAAACACUGUAAGUGUAACUUG